AGCACCCUGUUCGACGCUCCUCGCAUAAAACGAAGCUGAACGCCGGACUCUGCCUCUCUCCCGCCCUUCGACGCAGUGCUGGCCUUCUCUCCGUACGGUGCCUCGCAUAGUCGUUCAUCGAUCGUGUACUUGUCUCGCAAUUCUCCGUAACGGCGCCUCUCAAGCGCUCGCGUUCAUUGAAGCACCGCUACUACGCACAUCGCGCUUUCUUUCUUCUUUCCCGGAACAACCGUCGAACAAGCACACGCGCGCGUAAGGCGUUGGUCAUGCGUGUUCUCCAGCUGCGUCGCCGCCUCUUUGGCACCUCAACAAUUUCUAUGUCGGCUCUACUACUGCUGUUGUUUUGCGUUCUCGUGUUGUGCACGGUCGCAUCCGCCGUCGCGCCUCUCUACCACGCUGCCGAUGCAGCGCCUCGCCUGCACGUCGGCGUCAUGUCGAUCCCGCUGUGGGGACACCUCAAGCCUCUCUGGGCCAUCGCCGAGGAACUCGCCUUCCGCGGGCACGCCGUGUCGGUGUUCGUUGAGGAGCCUUCGUGGUGCUCCGUCAUUCUGCAGCGCAGUCGGCACGCCGCCCCGCUCGAUGUGUUGAACAUGAGCAUGGCCGGGGAUACGCAAGAGACAGCAUCCGACCGCAGCUUGGAUGUCGACUGCAUCAUCGUCCCCCGCCACGCGGAGGUGUUUAGCGAGGCCACCUUCCAGCCGAUGACGCGCGAAGGCUCGUCCGUGACGCUGUCCUUUGUCCGCCUCUUCGACAACCUCUUCCAACAUCACGAGCUGUCGCUCGGCGAGUACCUUCACGCAGCGCGUCUCCUUCACGAGCGUCGCCCCCUCACCACGAUGUUGUGCGACAUCGUCACGUACGCAUGUUCGUCGACGUCACGGCAGCUGAACCUGCCAGUGGUGCACAGCUUCCCUUUCACAACGCAGCUCUCAGUGGGUCUUCAUCCCCUAUUGCCAGCCGUCGGCCUCGGCUUCCCUCGGCACAUGAACCUUCUCCAGCGGACGCAGAACUUCGCCUUCAAGCUCCUCUCCAUGGUCGCGGCGAAGCGUAUCGUCCGCUCCCUCAACCGCGUGCGGGCCGAACACGGCGUAGCGCCGUUUCGUGACGCGUACGACGUGGCCGGCAUGUACGCGCCGCUCAUCACGCAAACGCUGUGGGGGCUGGACAUCCCCCAGCCGCUGUGCCCAAACGUGCAUCCAGUGGGUCCGCUGCACACGCGGGAGCAGCGCCAGCCGUACCGCCGUCACGACCUGCCCGCUGACCUCGCUGACUUUUUGGACCGCUGCCGUCAGGGCGUUCUCUACGCGAACUGGGGCACGCUGUCCGCGCCGACCGCCUCGUUGGAGGACACGCUGCGGGAGGGUCUUCUCGCCGCCGCGCCGUACUGUGUUGUGUGGAAGCGGCGCUCCGCCGUGUCAGCCGCCCGCACGCCGCCGUCGAACCGUUUCUACGAGACGCCCUGGGUGUCGUCGCCGAUGGCGAUCCUGAAGCACCCCCACACCGUCGCCUUCGUGACGCAUUGCGGUGACGCGUCGGUGCUGGAGGCGAUGGAGGCGGCGGUCCCUAUCGUGGGCUUCCCCCUUUUCGCGGAUCAGGCGGACGUGUGCCAGCGUGUCGCGGAGGGCGGGAUCGGGGUGCGGGUGGCGCACACGAAAACCUUCUCCCCUAAUGACGUCGUGCAGGCGGUGGCCACGGUUGUGAACUCCACGAACGAAAUAGCACACCGAAUGCGUGAGCUGCGCGCCAUCGCUGCGGCCUACGGCGGCCCCCCACGUGCUGCAGACCUUGUAGAGACACGGCAGUACAACCUGCUGCUGAGCCGGCCGAUACCGCUGGAGCAGUGCAGCCACCUCGACGGCGCACUCCGGCUCGACACCAUCGUGAUGAGCUGGGGAGCCGCGGUGUUGCUCCUGUCGGUCCUGUGGGUCUGCGUCUUUCGCUUCACGUGCCGCUGCCUGCUCCACCUGUCGGCCCCGCUGGCUCGACGCGCGGCAGCGUUUCGCCGAGCGCAUCCCGUUGGACUCGCGAAGCCGACGCCGCACCGCGUCCGCGCCGUGCCACGCGCCUACAAGGUGAGCACGGAGCUGUAG